CCACCUUGUGCUGCACAAGACCACUUACGACUAUGGCGGCCGGCCUCUUCAUUCAACAAGGACAAUUCUCCUUUCAUCACGGAGGAAGACUUUGCUCGUGUCUCCUCAGUAAUGUCAGUCACCUGGGCACCUAGCACUCUUGAGACAUACAGUGCAGGCCUUAUGUUAUUUCAUGCUAUAUGUGAUGUCCAGUUGAUACCAGAAAUGAACCGGGCCCCAGCGUCUAGCGAGCUCCUCUGCAUCUUCUUAGCCAAGCUUGCAUGCUCAUAUUCUGUUAGUGCGCUCACCAACUACCUCGCAGGAAUUCAGGCAUGGCACCGGCUCCAUCAACUACCAUGGCAGUUAGAUGCUGCUCAGCAACAGCUCAUGGUUUGCAGUGCCGCCUCGAUGCUAUCUCGUCUGGAUGCAGAAAGAUCACCGGAGCUGCAUAUAACUCGUGCAAAGUGUCCUCCAAUCACCAUCGCAGUUCUUUCACAGACACAUACUCAGUUGGACCUUUCAGUUCCCCUCGAUGCUGCAGUGUACACAUGUGCGACAGCACUGUUGCAUGGCAUUGCACGCUCUGAUGAAUUUACAGUGCCAAAGUUAUCUGCCUUUGAUCUGUGCCUUCAUGUAACCAUUGCCAACAUUAGGCGGGGUGUCUCAGACCAUGAUGGUAACACAGUCACAGUGGUGCACCUACCAUGCACCGAGUCCUUGCCAGAGGGGGAGGACAUCUACUGGGGCAAGCAGCUCAAUGACACUGACCCUGAUGACGCUCUCACAAAUCAUGAGAGGAUCAACUGCCCACAGCCGGAAGAGCACCUCUUCAUGCACAAAACAGCUGAUAGGUUUGGAUGCAAGCAGAGGCAUCCACUCACAGAAGAUGCUCUCAUGCGACGCUUGCGAAUUGCACUACAAGCAGCUGGGGUUACAGAGCAGUUCUCUGGAUACUGUUUUUGGAUUGGCAGCACAUUAGAAUACCUGCUGCGAGGUCUUCCCUUUGAGGUAGUUAAAGUCAAAGGCAGGUGA